AUGCCACAAACUUCUCCGCCGUUGCCGCCUCCUCCACGGUACUCGGCUGUGAUGAAGCCGGAAGUUCAUGGAAGGCCGCCGGCUCCGCAGCCACUGUCCCCCCAGCUUCUGUCGGCCCCUGCCUUCUACGAACUCCCUCCGCCGCCGCCGUACUCGGUCGCGUCUAGGGAUUGCCGCCAAACCACGUCUUCUCGUCUUUUCGCUCUUUCGCCGCCUCGUUACGGCUUCGCCAUGGCUUUCGGACGGCUUCGAGGUACGAUUUCGAGUAUUGGAAAUUCAUUUCCACUGGAUACAUGCAGAACAACAGUUUCAUCGACAGCGUGCCUCAAAUAUUGGACUAUUUCGGUUCAAAGCACAGUAACCUAUUAUCGAAAAAUCAUUGAUAAAUUAGAUCGAAAUCAAAUUAUUUCAGGCCUUUUUCUCAUAAAACAUUUGCCAAACUUCCGUAUGGCUUCUUAUCGUGUCUUGAAACUAUUUAUGAACCAAAAAGAGUAGCGAAUCUGUCGAAGAUAAGAUUUUUUUGAUAACGAUGUUGCAAAAAGUUUCGGUAGCGUUGUUCCGAUGGAAACGUCAAUGAUCACAGUAGAAAGUAUUUGACAAGAAAUUUUUAGAGCGAAAAUGAAGUCUUCUAAAAACUCUAAAAAUAGCUCUUUUUGUGGUUAUCCAUGGAGCGCAAGAGUUCUGAAGUUACAGCUCUAUUCUCCAAAGAAAGUUUAGGUCUUAUUGUUUUCAUAAUGACCUUCAAAUAAGAAUUAAUUUAGCGAAUAGUGUGAACCUGGGGAAUCGAAAAAGGGCGAUCAAGCGUCGGAUGUUCGUCACGGCGGCCCUCGUGUUCUUCGUCGCGCCGAUUCUGCUUUUCGUCAUCAUAAUGGCUCUCGCCAACGUCUUCUGA